CGUACUUACGAACGUGGCCUGGUACGAGCUCGCGCGACUAAGCGCUGCGGGCGCGCCAUUUUAUUCAGCCUCAACCGCCUCGAAAUAUGAAAGCCCAUACAACGCUGCGAUCACAGAGUUGUAGUACGCUUUUGCUUGCAUGUGACACUUGAGUCGAUGCCGACGACUGCGAACAGGAAGUUUGGCCCAGCGAUCUCAGGCUGACUGUGAACACGCCCUCGAAGCACCCGCCUUGCUAUACACUUAACAAAGAUACUGUACUAUAAUGGCAUUUACGUGGCAUCGUAGUCACUAUUAGGGUCUCUCUUGCAAACCGCCCCGCAGAAGUUUUCAAUACUGGGUUGCGCCACAGCACGCCUCGGUCGAGGCCGUGUCUGUCGUGUUAUAAUUGGCCUCCUGAGCCGCUAGCUGAAUUCGACAAAGGGCGCGAGCGCAUUCGGUUGCCCGAGCCACGGGAAACAAGCCACGGGGGCCCCCAGCUGGUCUAACCGAUUACGCCUUCGGUAAGCCGAUACGCCUGCGGACUGCAUAAUGCUACUUGGGCGCAAAGUUUGUGCACGUUCUUGGCCUGGCAUCAUCACGAAGUUCGCGUUAUGCCAGCGGCGGAGUAGUCGCGCCGGCGCGCCUCACAAAGCACCGACCCAGCUUGGCUAUAUAAUUAUAUAGCUCUACAGCACGCACUUGGUGGUAGCUGGCUGCUGAGGAACCGAAUUCCGGCCAGCGGCGGUUGAGAAUAAUGCAUUCGCGCAAACAAGCACGCACGUUAUGCCCGCCGGCACCGCAGGUCGUAUCAUGCGCUGUGUUCCUGAGGAGGCACCAACGGUGGGGAGUUUAGACAAAUGGCUGCUGCUUGCGGCUGGCCGCGGAGGCGACUUACAGAGGCCCCAUGGCGCCGCGCUUGAGACCACACUGGUCGGUUUGCCUCCCAGCAUCAGCAGCACUUCACUCCUGGCCUCCUCGGCCGCCGAAUCGGCAAGCUGCCAGCCAUUGGAACCUCUGGUGCUUCGGCCUUACGUCGCUUCGGAGCCACUGCCUAUCCCCAUGCCUUGCGGCCCUUCAUCGUUCCCGACGUCGUCUCGCACAGCGCCGCCGCCGCAGCCAUCCCGCCUGCACCACGCAGGCUUGCUGCUAGCGGCGGCGGGCCGACGUGGGGCCAGCCAGGCUACUGCAUCGGCGGCGGCGGCCUCGAGGGUGAAAACGUCAGCGGCUCAGGCGGCCUCCUGGGGACCGGGCGGAGGCCGGGCCGACAGCGUUGCUCCUGCUGCUGUGGGCGGCUCGCCAGGGGCCUUGCUGGCGGCCUCCGGCGGCGCCCAUGGGAUGAUGGGUUGCGUUGCCGCUGUGGGCCACGUAGGCUUGAGCAGCAUUGACGCUGGAGGCUGCAGCUCGCUGCUGGAGUACGUGUCCAGACGGCAGCGGCAGCAAGAGGAGGAGGAGGUGCGGCGGCAUUGGCAGGAGCAGCAAUGGCGGCGGCAGCAGCAGCAGCAGCAGCAGCAGCAGCAGCAGCCGCAGCAGCGGCACAUGCGGCUGCGGCUUCCGCUGCCGCAGGAUGGAUCUACUGGCCGCGGCGGCGCCUGCAGCCCCGGCAACCCCCUCAAACCCGCGGAGCCUGACGUGGCAUUGGACUACCACCACUGCUGGGCACCCCACAGCGACGACAGCCCUAACGGCUCAGAAGCACGCGACUGUGGCCGGCGGGUUGAAGAUGUCACCGUGCACCGGGGGCUGCCGCGCGCCGCCCGUGCCCUCGGCGCCAUCGCGGCCGCAGCUGCUGCUACUGCCGCCGGCCCGGUCGCUACUGCGCCCGCCAGCCUCUCGCCUGCUGCUGCUACUGCCGCAGCUGACGAUGGCGCCGCCUCCAGCUACAUCAGCUGCUACAGCUCAGCCGCCGCGUCACUGGCGUCGAUCGGCAGUAGCUGGCACGCCGACAGCUACAGCAGCCAGCGGCUGCUGCCGCUGCUACAGCCGCAUCUUGAUGGCCCGGUCAUCGCCGCGCCGCAGCUGCAGUGUGUGCCGCUACAGCCGUCUGAGGAAGACAUCCUGGCGGCGAUGCGCGUGCUGCUGGAGGGCUGCGGGUACGGCAGCAGUGGCAGCAGCAUUAGCAGUAGCAGCAGUGACAUUGACGGCAGUAGCAGGAGCGAUAGGGACGCUGACGAGGGCGCGGCCAACGACCAGCAGCAGGGGGCUGGUGAGCUGCUGAGUCAGGAUCAGGGCAACGGGCGAGUCAGCACUACUGCCACUGCUACUGCCACUGCCACUGCCACCGACACUGUCAUCCGCCGUGUGGGCGACGGCGAGCCGGCGGCCGUGGUGGCGGCGGCGGCGGCAGCCCUGCGCAAGGCUGUGUCACUGCCGGCACCCGAGCGCCAGGUUGGGCUGUGGGGCUGCUGCGGUGGCGGCUGCAGCCAGGAUUGCAUGAGGACUGCUGCUGCCGCCAGCACCGCCGCCGCCGCCGCCGCAGGAGCCAGCGCCAGCGGUUGCGGCGGGCCGCCCGGCGGCAUCGCGGCUUGCGCCGCCUGUUGCUGCUGCAUGCCCGCCGCCGCCUCCACCGCCGCCGCCGCCACCGACCUGCCACUGUGUGGGCUGCUGCUGCUGCGCGGCGCCCAGUCCUCACCCAACGGCGGGCACCCCACGCUCGCGUCCCCGGCCGUCGCCCCGCCCCCACACACGCCGUACGCCGCCGCUGCGUCCUCGGCCUGUGUAGCGGCCGCCGCCGCAAUGCAGUUGCCACUGAUGAACCUGAACUUGCCAUUGCCACCCGCGGCGGCGGUGGAGGGCCUGUGGGACAGCAGGGGCCAGCAGCAGUCGCCUUUGUCGCCGCCGCCGCUGCCGCCGCUGCACCCCGUCCUGGUCGCAUCGGUGCUGCGGGAGGCCGCCGCCGCCGCCGCAGCCGCCGUACACGUGUAUAACGGCUCAGCAGGCUCUGGUGGCAGCAUUGGCAGCACGCCUCGUGGUGGCGGCGGCGGCGGUGGCGGCUGUAGCUUCUUGCAGCAGAGGUGGGACCACCCGCAGCGGCAGCAUCAGUCGACCGCUGCUGCGGUGGCGCCGACGGCGGCGGCCUGUGAGGAUGACUGCAGCAGCUACUACUCGCCCUGUGACUCGCCCUGCUCUUCGGCCUUCAACUCCACAGCCCUGGACGGCGCCGCACCCGGCUGCGGCGGCGGCGGCGGAGCAGGAGGGCCCUUGGCGGCCGCUGGGGACGCCGGCGAGGAUGGCAGCAGCAGCGAAGGCGGCGGCCGCGACGGCGGCAGCAGCAGCGGUGGCCAUGCCGCUCGUGCGCUUCGGCCGCCGCGGAUGGCGAUUAGCAGCAGCAGCCAGCAUGAGGGUGCUACUGCUGCCCGCGGCGGCGGUGGCACGGCAGGCGCAGCGGCAGGCGGCGACAGCGGCAGCGGUGGCGGCAGCAGCGGUAGCUACAGCAGCUGCAACAGCGAGGAGGUUGAGGAGGAGAAGGAGGCAGCAGCGGCGGACACUAAUGCUGCAAUGGAAGCACCCGAACUGGAGGCGCCCGAGUCGCCCUAUGUGCGCGCCGCCACAUUCGGCGGGCCGCAGUGGUCAGGCCCCGAGGCGGCUGCGGCGGCGGCGCAGGCGCAGGCGUUGGUGGCGGCGGCGGCGGGUGGGGCUGCCGGCGGCGGCGGCGCUGAUGCCGACAGCCGCUAUGGUUGGCUGCUGCGGCGCACGCUGAGCUGUGAGGACUCCGCCAUUACCGCCGCCGCCGCCACCACUUCCAGGACCACCACCGCAAAACUCUUGAGCGCCGCCGCCGCCGCCCAUACCAGCAGCGGCAGCGGCAGGUCCCACGCAACCACGACAGUUGCCGCCGCCACGGCUGAUGCCGGUGUCGAUGCCGCCUGUGCUCCCGGCGGUGUCAGCGUUGCCGCCGCCGCCGCCCUCGCCGCCGCCCGUGUGACCCGAGUGUUUACAUCGGCACCCCGCAGCGCCGCCGCCAGCAACGACCGCAGCAGCAGCCGCAGGACUGCGGGUGGUGAGCCCACGCGCCGGCGCGCCUCCCCUCUUGGUGCUCGCUGUGCGGCGCUGGCGGCGACGGUGGGGGGCCGGCGGGGGCUGUACGAGGGCACGGUGCGGGGCGGCGAGCCCCUGGCCGUCACACUGGCGGCGGCGGCCACAGGCGGUGGCGCGGUGUGCGGUGACGGCGGGCUGCCAUCGAGUUGGUGAUUAUAUCUGAUUCACGGAGGAGGAGGAGCGAGGAGGUUGGAUGCGCCAGGGUGGCUUCUUAGUGGACAGCAAAUGCCUGUCGCAGCCCUGCCUGCUGCUGCCGAUCCACAUUUUCCCAAGUUGCGUAUGGGAAGGUAGCGAUUUUUGUGCCCGCUUCCUUUCAGUGCUUUAUUGGCUCCUUGAUUGCAUACGCCUGAACUUGGAGCUAGAGUUUUGAGACACACAGCCGUAUGUCUGCUGGUUGGGAGCCCCUGCUUACUUAUCUUUGGCGGGGCAAUGGUAGUAGUAUCAGUAUCUACAAGCAUACCCAAUCGUGCAGUGUUCCACGUGAAUAAUGAAGUAAGGACACGGCUUCAUGCAUCGGCGGGUUUUAGGUUCGCGUGCAUUGCGCAUUGCUAUCAUCAGCAUCUGGGUGGGCGAUUGACUGGAGUGUCACAUUACCAGUGGAUGAAUCAACAUUUGCGGUGGGCGGCCCGACUACUGGCCUACCUCGGAACAGGAGGUGCAUCAAGUGCUGCUGCUGUGUGCCCCCUACAUAAUACAUGUGUGCGUGCAUGCCGAUAAUGGUUGCGUGCUGCGGUUGGGUCGUCGCGGCGCAAAUGUGUGGGUGGUGGGCUCCGCGAAGGCAGCCCCGUGCGUUCGUGCGUGCCGGUGGGCAGCGGGCGGGCGGGCGAUGUGCGUGCGUGCGCACAUCCAACAGCUCCAUCUAUCUCCCCGGCACCGCGCUUCGGUUUCGUCGCUAUCACGUGCUUGAAUGACGUGAUGCUUGUGACCACCUCGGUU